CAGUUGCUCGUUCAUUCAGGUCAUGCAUUGCCUAUUACUGAUGUUCCUCUUGCGCAGGGGUAAAGAGUGCAACGCUGCAGCGGAUGUGAAAACUAUGUUUCUACUCCUUCACCGAAACCUCACAACAACGAUCCGCAGGAGGCGGACAGCAUGGAAGUGGCCGGUUGUGCGGCUGCUUCUAAGCGGUCUUGAUGAUCUUCGGCUCUCUUUUCACUUUGCUAUUAGUCCUCUGGAACGGUUUCCCCUCAGUACAUUAAGAUGGACAGACGUCGAAUCUCACGAUUGUGGGGAACACUUCCCAGCAUAUCGUCGAUUCCGCAGCCAACAGCACCAGGCUCUGUGCGUAUUCUUUUCUUACGUUCUUUAACUGCGCAUCUCGUACUCUCUCCUUCAAACUACCCGCUCCACGGAAAUUACGACACUUAUCACGCAUACCUUAGUGAUCAACCACUCGGUUCGUUGUAUGCCAAUGCCUGUAUCGUAUUUUGGACGACAGUCAGUCUUGCGGCAAUCAAUUGGCUCAUCAUUGGUAUUGCUCGGAUCAUAUCUUCUUGGGGUCGUGAACUUAGCAGAUCGGGUUCGGGCAUGUGGCACCAGUUUGAGAGUAUUGGAUUCAUUCUUGCCAGUGUCACCAGUAUGGCGUGCAGUCAUAGAUCCCCUACUUUUGCAAACCGCCUGGGCGUCGAUGACUUACAAUAUCACGUUGGACGGGGUCUCGCGCACUGGAGCCCGCAGAAUGUCCUACCAUAUAACCCACCAUCAGAUCUUGCCGAUCAGUCCGGGGAUCUCUCUUCCGUUAUCUACAUUAGCCC